CCCCCGUUACCGGCCCGUUCUCCCCCUCUCCAGGCCUCGGAUGUCUGCGUGCGGCCGGUACCGUUCAACGCCGCCUUCGUAGCCCGGUUGGUGCCGCGGCUGCGCUGGGGGGCGCUGCUGGAGGCGGCCGAGAGCUUGGGGCACCCCUCGGAGCUGCCCCCCGAGCCUGCCCCUGACUAUGAGGGAGAUGAAGCGUUCCUGCGGCGGGUGCACCACGUGCUGCUGGAGGUGGAGGUGCUGGAGGGGUUCCUGCAGUGCCCGGACUCGGGGCGCCAGUUCCCCAUCUCCCGUGGGAUCCCCAACAUGCUGCUGAGAGAGGAGGAGGCCUGAGGGGGGGGGCACGGGCUGGAGUCACCCCCCGUGCACCCCCGGGUUAUUGGGGGGGGGCCAAAGUGGAGCAGAGACGUUCUGUCCCCCAU